AUGAUAAUGACAUACAAGAUGAAACUGCACAUCCAACAAACUCAUGAAAGGAAAUUAAAUUUCAAAUGUGACAUUUGCAAAAAAGGCUUUCGAGGAGCAAGAGACUUACAAAAUCAUCUGGCUUCGAAACACUUGGAAAAGAAACUUUACAAAUGCUCAAUUUGUGACAUCUCAGUUUCAAGUAGCGGUCACUUAAAAAGGCACAUUGACUCAGUUCACGAGAGAAAAGUUGUCGGAAAAUGUAAAAUAUGCGCCAAAACAUUUAUACAUAUGAACACCUUUCGAAUUCACUUGAAGAAACAUGAAAAAAUUGAAUAUUUUACUUGCAAUCUUGUACAUCAUUUGAAAAUUCAUCAGAGUGAGUCACUCAAAGAUCAUCCAGACAGUAGAAAAUGCAAGUAUUGUCCUAGAUACUUUUUGAAGGAAAAUCUAAGAGAACAUUAUCAAAAGCAACAUAAGCCACGGAAAUGUGAGGAUUGUGGAAAAGUUUACUUCAAUGAAAUGUCCUUCAUUUAUCACAAAAAAACACACGAAGAACCAAAAUUUACUUGCGACAUUUGUGGGCAGAAGAGUCCAACUAAGCUGGUGUUAAAGGGACAUAUGGAAACAAUUCAUCUAAAAAUUAGGGAAAAAUCAAAGUGUGAAAUCUGUAACAAAAUGAUAAUGACAUACAAGAUGAAACUGCACAUCCAACAAACUCAUGAAAGAAAAUUAAAUUUCAAAUGUGACAUUUGCAAAAAAGGCUUUCGAAGAACAAGAGACUUACAAGAUCAUCUGGCUUUGAAGCACUUGGAGAAGGAACUUUAUAAAUGCUCAAUUUGUGACAUCUCAGUUUCAAGUAAAGGUCACUUGAAAAGGCACAUUACCUCAGUACACGAAAGAAAAGUUGUCGGAAAAUGUGAAAUAUGCGCAAAAACAUUUAUACAUAUGAACACCUUUCGAAGUCACUUGAAAAAACAUGAAAAAAUUGAAUAUUUUAUCUGUGACUUGUGCAAGAGAUCUUUUUCUGAAAAAGGAAAUCUAAGAAGACACAUGAAAAUUCAUCUCAAUUAG